AUGCGUACAAAUGCCAUAAGUACCCCCUUCAGUACCAUCAUCCUUUCUUCCGCCUCCACAGUAAAAACAUCCUCUAUUCUGUCUUCCAGCAGAGUAAGUUCAGAGUUCACCCCUAGCUCUCUUCCUCCAUCCCCGCCCAUCUCCAGUACAGAAAAUACAAGGUCUUCUCCCGUCACCACUUUUGCUACUCCCUCUUUGUCUGCUACUACAAGCUUUUCUACACCCCAGACUCCUGUGAUCCCUAUUCUUACCGAAACAACCAUCACUCCUACUAUCUUUAGUUCUUCCACCGCCCCAUGUCCAGAAAGUAUAUCAGUUACGACAGUGCCUGCUUCUUCCACUACUCCAUGUGUGGAAAUGGAUCCAACUAGCAAAGUUACCUUUACGCCCAGCAUCUCAUUAUUAGUCAUUCCCUCUACCACUGAGAAGAUCACCCUUCCUGGACCCACCAGUAUGACUACUGUCUUUCCUACACCAAUGGAUGCUUCUACUUCGAUUCUCGAAACUGGUCCCACUAACCUCAUAAGUGAUGCUCCUAGUUCUAUCAGCAUUGGGACUGUCCCCAUCAACACAGUUUUGACAAGCACACAAAGACCCCCUGGUGGGACUUGGAUGAGCACCAACUCUGUAAGUACGCCACGUACGCCUGGCUUCACUAGCCUCCCACUGACCACCGAACCAAGCAGCAGCGUUCCAACUGCCGUGACAACUUCAAACAACUUGACUGGCUCCACCUCACCCACUACCCACACUCCAAGAACACUGGUGACCACCCCUCAAACUCCCAGCACCCUUAUGUCACCAAGGACAACUUCUUCCACUACUCAGAUGACCACAACUUUGAGCACUGCUCGGAUAAACACCACCCCAGGUUGCACCUGUGAGAAUGAUGGCACCUGGAUUCAGAACCACUGCCUCUGUCCCCCGGGGUUCUCUGGGGACCACUGUGAGCGCCAGGACAGCGUUUGCCAGAACGGGGGUAGAUGGGAUGGCCUCAAGUGUGUCUGCCCCAGCACCUUCUAUGGCAUCCGCUGUCAGUUUGCAGUAGAACAGAUGGAUUUGGAAACUGUGGACGCUGAAGUGGGCAUGGAGGUGGCUGUCGACCAGGAGUUCUUCCCGGAUCUCCAUGACAACACUUCCAAGGCCUACAAGGAUUUCAGCAACAUCUUCCGCAGUCAGAUGCAGAAGAUUUACCAAAAUGUGCAGGGGUUCAAGGAUGUGGAGAUCCUGUCUCUGAGGAAUGGCAGCAUCGUGGUGGACUAUGUGGUCCUGCUGGAGUUGCCCUUCCGCUCCCAGCUGGAGACAAACUAUGAGACGGUGAAGAUGGUCCUGAAAGGCAAGCUUCAGAAUGUCAGCCAGGACGUGGACAGCUGCCAGAAAAACCGGAACCUGUGUUUUAAGCCUGACUCCAUCAUGGUGAAAAACGACACCAGCACGGAGCUGACCCCAAAAGCCAUCUGCUAUCGCGCUGCUCCAAAGGGCUAUGAGGAUUACUACUUCCCCUUGGUGGAGGAGAAGCGGCUCCGCUGUGUCAGCAAGUGCACAUCAGACGUGGAAGGCGCCAUCGACUGUAACCAGGGCUGGUGCUUUGUGCAGAAGAGCGGUCCCGAGUGCAGCUGCUUCUCCACGGACACGCACUGGUUCUUGGGCCCACGCUGCGAGGUGGCCAUCCAGUGGAGGGCGCUGAUCGGGGGCCUGGCCGGGGCCGGGGUGCUGCUGCUGCUGCUGCUCCUGGUGGCGGGGACCCACAUCUUCAGGAGGUCGCGGAGGAGGGGCGGCCCAGGCGGAGCCCGGUCCUGGGACUAUGACAAGAGAUGGUUCGAGGUAUGGGAUGAGGACACCGCGGGGACUUUUUCCAACUUGGGCUUCCAGGAUGACCGACCUUUCAAGGAUGAAAACUUCCAGGUGGCCUUGGAGAAGGUGGACACCAAUGUGAGGGUGCACACCCAGAGACCUGAGGUGGACUUGUCCUCGAUGUGAGCCCUGCCCUACCCUGUCCACCUGCCCUGGACAGCGGGAAGGAAGCAUCUGCUCUGCAUCCAUUUCAAGAGAUGGCCAAGGACGCGUGCAGCUCAGCCUCCUGGAAUCCUUGGGCAAAAUCAGACUGUCCCCAGACCGGCACGCUCUCAACUUUGGUGAAACCCACCUGCAGACCCAGGUCAAAUCCAGGAUCUUCCACUGUGGGACCUUGGGCAGCUCAGUAGCUUUUCUGAACUUGUAAAAUGUGUAUAGCAUACUUGUCCUGAUACCUUGAACAGUCAUUGUGCAAACCAGAUGUGGUCGCUUCGACCUCUGUCCCAAUGCACCUUCCUGUGUCAGCCCUCAUCUUAUGUGGCCUCUCUCAGAUCCCCAGUCCCCACAUCCUUUGCCCAUCUCAGGCCUCAGUCUCUUGUUCCCUGUGCGCAUCCCUACUACCUGCCCCCCAACACCUGUCGCCAGCCAUCAGCCCAUCCCUGCCUCCUACCCUCUGCUAAGGUAACUCCCUGGGGGACCCUUCCCGCAUUCCUUAUAUCUUCUCCCCGUCUAAACCCCCUUCUUAAAUCACUCCCCUAUCCAGCUCCCAGGCCUACAUCUCUCCCUGUUUCUGUUUUCUCCCCUUUCCCAUCCUUGCUCCCUCCACCCUAAAUCCUUAACCCCCAUCCCAGUGUCCCAGUCCUAAGUCCUGCUCCCUCUUCCUGACCCCUGUCCCUAGCUGGGUACAGAUGCCUUCUGCCACAUUGGACCCCUAGCUGGUACUUCCCAGUCCCUAGUUCCCCCUUCUGAGGCUCCAUCCCUUCCUCUCCCCCAAGGGCCCUGGAUCCCCGUGGAUGGAGGUGGGAUGUGGGGUGUGGGUUUCUCCAGGUCCUCAAGGAUGUGGGAAGUUGGACCCUGAGGUGAGGAAGCUCCCUUAGCCCCCUCUUCCUCUUUUCCUAUCUCCCUCUCCCUUACUGCCUCACCCCCACUUCUCACCCCCUUCCCAGCGCCUCCUCUCCCUUCCUCUCCCGGGUCUCACCCCAUCCCUGCAGUAACCUCUCAGCCCAGAAGCCCUCAGCCUCCUUCACAGGAAGGUCUCAUUUGGGGACAGGAAGUCUGCGAGUCUCCAAUUCUCCCAUGUGAACACA